GGACUGCCUGCACACAGAUAGCCGGCCCGGACGCUGCCUGCACACAGAUAGCCGGCUCGGACGCUGCAGUGCCAGCACUCGGGUACACGGAGUCACACACCUGCAGUGCUACACGGGGGGGAGGGAGCCGCCCGUCACUGCCUGUCAUGCGACCAAUGAGUCGCUGCACUAUCGCUUCCGUGUCAGACGUCAGCGCGGUGCGACUAUCGGGCGCGUCACACGCCGGCUGCCGGGUACACUGACCACACGUGGGAGCCGCAGAGCGGAGGGGACCGGGGGCUGACCCGUAUCUGCCGCCCUCUGUUACAUUGUAUCACUGUCCUCCUCCUCGCAAUGUAUCCCUACUGCCUGUGACUGUCACACUGUAACUCUGCUCCCUCCCCAGAGUGCGGGGCACCGGCGGGUAACGGGGACUGACCCCCUGUAUGUUACAUUGUAUCACUGUGUGACUCUGCCCCGGAGCUCGGGACACCGGCGGGUAACGGGGACUGACCCCCUGUAUGUUACAUUGUAUCACUGUGUGACUCUGCCCCAGAGUGCGGGACACCGGCGGGUAACGGGGACUGACCCCCUGUAUGUUACAUUGUAUCACUGUGUGACUCUGCCCCGGAGCUCGGGACACCGGCGGGUAACGGGGACUGACCCCCUGUAUGUUACAUUGUAUCACUGUGUGACUCUGCCCCGGAGCUCGGGACACCGGGGCCAUGGCUGCCAUAUACUCCGGCCUCCACCUGAAGCUGAGGAACUCUAAGGUGCCCUGGGGUGAGAAGAUAAAGCUGGCCCACUUUGCCUGGGUCACUCACCAGUGCUUCAUCCCUAACAAGGAGCAGGUCUUGCUGGACUGGGUCAGCCAUGCGCUAGUCGGGCAUCACACAAAGAAGAUUAAUCUGGACGAAGAUGUUGAACAGAAACUUUGGGGCUUUCUCGACAGCGUCUUACGCAGCAAGAGGCUACAAAGUCUGGCGGCAGAGGGGAAAUCUGUAAAACUGCGCAUUGCCGUCGCUCAGGUUAUGAAUGAUUUUAUCGAAACCUCAUCUACAAAAGAGAUCCCUCCGGCUGGCAUUGGAACGGUUUUAAGCUGUUGCCAUGGUGUUUUAUCUAUGCCCGCCAUCGCUUGUGUCUACACAGCCAAAUAUGAGCUGAUGGUAGACCUACUACGUAAGCUAUGUACAUUAGCUCGCCACUGCUUGGCUUCAGAUCAGACCAUCACACCUCAAGUAUUAAGUGUCCUUCACACAUCCUUGAUACAAUACCUACAAGUACAGAGACAGCAGGGAAACCCCAACAGAGUUUUUACACAUGUUCUCGCCCAGCUUUUCCAACCGUGUUUGGUUUUAAAGAAUGCUUUGGGCAUCCAUGUUUUUGGUAAGAAUAAUAACCGUGAAUGCUACAACCUAGUCAAAGACAUUGAACGUAACCUAGAAUCUGUACUUCAUAGUGCUUUCUUCCACGAUGAUCUUCUGUCAUUCUACAAAGAAGAGCUCCUGCCCGAAUUGGACAAGUCCGAGAAGAAAAAAGGAUCUCUUAGAGGGCUUCUGUCUCCAGCAUCGUGCAUCACUGCAAAACUGGGAGACGUGACUUUUUGUGACGCGGACACGCACCUUGCAGUUGUAGCCGAUUCUCUCCCUCUUUUGUAUAAACUGUUUUUAGACUCUUACUGCAAAGAUGGAAAAGAAUUGGUCUGCUUUCACAUGCUUGUCAAACUGUUCACAUGUAUUCGGUCAUCAGUGGCAGUAAAGCGCAAGGGCCCAAAAGCACCUUCUUCAGGCUGGACCAUGGGUCUCUCUUCUCUGGAGCAGCUGCUAAACCUUGUUCUCAGCCAUAAUAUUUACAACGUUGCUGUGGACCACAUAAGGCACCGUGAUGUUCAGUUCCAGUUCUACCGUACUCUAGCGGAAACCCUAGUGGGCCGACCGUGCACCUCUUCGGCUUCUUGGUUCCGUUGCUUGAAAAAUUUAAACCUAUUAAAUCACCUUAUAGUUGAACCCGAUCUUGAGGACCUAUUGUCGCAUGCGUGGAUCGGUGUAGACCUUUCAGACGCUCCCACCAGUAAAGCACAGGAAGCGUUGAUCAGCAGUCUUCUGCAGACCUACACCAAGCUUCGCCAAUUUCCAAAACUCUUCAAAGACAUUCUAAUGGUGAUAUGUCGAAUGGGAGCUGAUGAAUUAAGAGAACCACCAUUUGUUUCUUCAACUGUAAAUCUGACGGAAUGUCUUGUUCAGCUUCCCCAUAAUCAAAUUUUGGAUAUUUGGGACAUGGUAUUGGAGAGGUGUCAUGGUUUUAUCCUUCCAGACAUUAAAGGUAACCCAGAUCUUUGCUUAAAAUUGUUUUCUGUAAGUUCUAUUCUUCAUUUCUUGAUGUUUAACAUGAAGACGUUGGACAAUAAUACCCCAGUGCCUGUUCUCAAACGCUUCCAAAACCUAAUGAAACAAAUGGCGGAUGAACUGAUCUGUCCGUCUCUAGAGCUUCUGAAGGAUGUAAAUGCAGGUCCUACGUGGCUUCAGAAACUCUGCGAUGCUGCCCUCCUUCUUCUCUACACAUGGAUAGAAGUGGACACCGUCACUACACUGAAUUGCAGCAAAUAUGUAUCUCAGCUGAGACCGUCCCUUCCAUCUGACUCGAAGAUGAAAGGUUGGGACUUCUCGUUGUUCUUCGAAGAUAAAGAAUGUUGGAGGAAAAUCUAUGGACUUUGCACUGUAUCUAAUCCGGUCAGCAUGUUCUGCCUCCAGCUUCUCUCCGUUCAGAAGCUGAAACAUGUUCUGAUGCAGGCUUACUCCCCAAACGAGUAUGAUCAACUCACUGUUCAAGCAGCUGCGUCCUUGGUUGUUCAUUCUGGUAGUUGUCUUACAGUCCCCAAGCAUCAGGAGCCUUGGAGUGGAAAUGCCUGUGCGGUUAAUGUUGCCUGUUUCCCUGUGGCUCGUUGGCACCUUAUUGCGUCCAAUCUCCUACUCCUCCUUCCGUAUCUACCGCAGGACGAUAUCAACCAUAUAACAGACUUUCUCCUUGACACAGUGGUGUCGGCGCAAGACGCACCUGACCGCAUCUACGAUGAUUCUUCAGUUACUUUGGAAGACGUAUCUGUGAGUUUGCUCCAUAGUGACUUGUUUGCGGAGAUGCCGUUGUUGCAGUGUGCUUUUAUAAACAGUAUUAUAAAGAAGUGUGCCCUGUUACUGAGAGAGCAAGCUGCCGUAAGGGAGAUUCUUCAUCUGCUCUCUGCCAAAGACAUACAUUGGCACGAGGACUCUGUUUCUGCAUACAACAAAGCUACGAUAAGUUCCAAUCCGAAAAUCAGCUCCUCGGGUCCUGAAUACUCCCCGUGCAUGCAGAAUCUGCAGAACGCUGGGCUCCGUAUAUCCUCAAUGACCGCAGCUCAGGUCACCGUAAAUUUAAGCGAGUCUGAUCUGAACGAUAUCAUCGGUGUGAUAGAAUGUAUUUCUGCAUUGCAGCCCGACAGUCUGACGCCCACAGACCAGUGUCGCUGCCUUCUCGCGCUGUUGUCCUUGGCCAGUACAAGCGGCCUUCUCAACCUCCGUCUUGCGCACGUGUGCUACAGUCUGAUGACGCGCCUCUUAAGUGGGAAACAUGCCAAUUCUGUAUUCAAGCUGCUCUACGCCAGUGACGUAGUAACGAUUGUUAUGACGGGCAUCCAGUCCGCCAAGUGGCGUUUGGCUGACGAUGAGAAGGAACGGUGUUGGGCAGAAUUUGUCUACGUGAUGCAGAGUUUUUUCGAAGCCUUCCUUAUGCUGGUCUUCGAGAGAAAACAGAGCCUUGUACUUAAUCUAGAGAAACUGGCGACCUUCUUGGUGAAUGCUCUUCCCAAUGCAGACAGCAAAGACUGGACCUCUAGAGUGGGUCAAUUGUUUAUUGUUGCACUCAACAGUUUGUGCAACCAUUUGGCAGCCUACAUCCAGAAACAAAAGGGGGAUAGACAGCGGACGGAGGUCUUGUCUUCUCUCUUGCAACAAGUUGUUGUAAAAAUGAACGCGGUUGUCCGACAGUGCGUAAAGGCCAGUGAGCCGUGUCAGGUGUUACCUUCAUUCCUAGUGUCCUGCACAACCACCCUUCUCGAAGCGGAGCUCAGCUGCCACUCUAGAGACGGCCUCCAGAACGCGGAACUAUACAGAAGCUUUUGCUCGCAGAUUCUGAGGGAGCUUUGUUACGCCAAGAAGCAGGAUGCGUUCCUAAAGUCCGCCUUGCGCUAUUUGAAAAUGUGCAUUGGGGUGAAAGAGAUUCACACUGCCCAGGAAACGGUGGUCAUCGCUGUCUUCGUCGCUUUGAAGAAACUGCUUGCUAGUGCCAGGACGGACAGCGAGUUUGUGCAGAGUGCAGAAGUACAGAUAAAUGACUUAUUUACUCAGAUGGCGGAGAACUGUAGCUGUGAGGAGUUCUGCACUAUAAUGAAAGCUACCUUGUACGGCCUCGAAGUUUCCAACUUGUGGAAGAACAACUAUAAGGAACUAUUUGCCAGCAUCACACUGACCAAACUGCUACUUAAUUGUCCGUUAACGGAAGACAAAAGGAAAUUGUUCUGGUGCACGGCGUCUCAGAUUACAACCGCACUAGUGACGCUCUGCACAGAAGUGUGCAAGGACCGCUCACUGCUCACCAGCAUUGCCGUGCCAGUGCUAGACACUAUCGCCUUGUUAUUAAGACGGGGAGAAAUGGAUCUGCUGAAUCCGCACCACGUUACGCUCUCAUUCAGCCCAGUUUUAACGGUGCCGCUCGAUCACUUGAAGGCUGAAGAAUAUUACAGCGUGUUCCUGGCGAUACAUGAAGUGCUGUUCUCUUGUCUACAGUGUCAUCCCAAGGUGAUGCUGAAAGCAGUUGCAACAUUUUUGAACAUUUUUCACCGGCUGGUUUCAUCCGUCAUGCACGAGGGACGUCAGAAAGGAGAGAAAGGUGCCGCUAAUGAAUCGGAGACGAUACUAAAAUGUGCACAACUAGUGGAACGGAUGUACACUCACAUUGCUGCAAAAACCGAGGAGUUCACUGUGUUUUCCACUUCUAUUGUUUCCCAAUAUGUACACGAGCUGCAGAAGGUGACGCUUCAGCCUGCCGUAAAGAAGCAUCUGACACAAGGAAUCUUUCACAUAAUGGACCUUUGCAUCGAUCGUGAUAUCAAGUUCUUAAAUGCGUCCUUACAGAUGGAAGUGAGAGAAGUGUUCAAAGAACUGUACCACGAGUAUACCAGCCAGCACAAAGCGAGGGACCGAGGAGAAGAGAAAUAUACAGCGUAAUAAUGGGGAUUAUUUUAUGUAUGUAACAAGCGAGUGCCAGGUCUUUCUGACGCUAACCCGUACUAUGCCAGAUCCUUCAGAUGUGCGUCCUCCCCGAUCUUAUCGUCGUUUGGCAAUAAACUUCUUGGAUGCACAAAAUCCUUCUGCAAGAAUGUAUUAAAAUAACUUGUGUGACGUCCAAUCACAAA